AUGCUGAAAUUUUAAAUUAAGUUUUAGGAUAAAUUCAAAAAUUAAGAAAACUUUAACCUUUAAGUCCUGUCCAAUAAAAUUUAUAUAAAUAAUCUGAUAAUUUUCAAAUCUUUUAGUCAUUACUCUAGUAAGAUUAAUUAGGCUUGGAAAAUUUUUAUACUGAAGUUAAGAAUAAGAUUAUUUCAAAUUUAAAAAUCCUAUAAACUAACUUUUUGA